AUGCCACGACCAGGUUUUAAAGGUGGCGGUCAUAGAGGCUCGAGUAGAGGCGGUGCAGGCCGCAACCCCUCCUCUCGGGGCCUCGCAGAUGCUCAGUCGUAUGCAACUCAGCCAUCAUACAUAUCUGAUCAUAUGACUCCCAUGGUUGUCCAGUGCCCGACGUUUGAUAUUCCAUCAGCCGGCCCCUGGGAGGGCUUGCGAUCCACGUCAGAUCAUGCCGAAGAGGAUUAUGCGUCCCAGCGCAGCAGGCCAGCGUCUCCAGUAUUCAAUUCAACUGCGCUCAAAGAUAACCUUGCGUCUGCCGAGGCCAAUGAAGUUGCUGUCGCACCGACUGAGCCCCCAUCAAGUCCAUUGACUUUCUUCAUCGACACCAACAGAGAUCCCUCACACCGCCGUCAGAAAAGUGUACCCGAAGAUACUCGGCAGCUACCCACACUAGAGUCGAGUGGCGAUUCGAGCGACGAGGUCAUCUUGUUCAGGGGACGUAACAAAAUGGGGCCAAAGAGUCGUCAAAUCGUCCCACAGAAGCCAAAUAGGCCACAUGCGAAGCAGCAAAAGAAGGCUUUCGAUCUCAGGGACAUUCAAAAAGAGGUACACCAGCUUGUUACGGAUCCCAAUGUUCGUGGCCUGCGGCAGUGGGAACUCAAGUACCCUCGCCAAACUUGCCUAGAAGCAAUACUGGCCGAUUACAUUGCCAACAUGCGCGAAAAUGGCGAUGAUCUGGGCUUGAUCACGAGUCAAGGUCAUGCAAAACGUGAUAUUGGCGGUUCGGACAUGGACAUGCACGUGGAGAACGGCUUGCAUUCAGCGCAGGAUGAUGAUAAGUCAGGGCUGAGUGGAGAUGCUGCUUCCCUACCCGGGUCCUCGAAAUCCAUUGACGAUCUUGACGCUAUGGAUCACGAAUUCAAGCAGCAUGAGCCACAUACAAGGUUGACCGAUAGCGACUUUCUUCUUGCCAAACUGCUUGCUUCGGGCGAGGCAACCGAUGCAUACAGCUCGCAAGAUGACGAAUACGAUGAUCUUGAUUUCAUGGAAUGGGGCGAUCCAAUCACCAAGCGCACACGUAAACCGAAAAAGGGGAAGCUCCCGGUGUUCAACGUAUCGGAUUCUGAACUCGAGGCUGUCCUGCAGUCUACAUACAACAACGACAGACUCAAAAAAGCCGAGAGAAAGAAAGAGCGCGAAAAGUUACGCGCGCAAGGCUUACUCGGCAAGAAGAGCAAACCGGAGGACUUACGUGUCAAGUAUCCGCAAGGUAUGGGCAUCGAGCAGAUUGCCCAAGAACUUGAAAACUUCUUAAAGAAUAGUCAGGCAAGCUUGGCACUGCCUCCAAUGGACAACCACGCCAGGAAGGUGUUGCACGAGUUGGCCAACAAGUUCAACAUCAAGUCCAAGUCGACGGGAUCCGGCGACCAACGCCGGCCUACCCUGUACAGAACGGCCAGAACCUUGCAGUAUUCAGCGGACAAUUUUGACCAAGCCAUUGGUCGUGUGGGCCGCAAAUACUUCCCUCGUAAGGAUCUGGGCUCGCGAUGGGGUGGCGGUCGGGGAUCCGCACGUCGUGGUGGUGGUGGUCAGCCGGAUACAGGCUAUCGUGAUGGCGAGGUCGUUGGAGGUUCCGCUCCGGAACUGGGUCAAGAAAACCGCGGUCGCGCUAUGUUGGAGAAGAUGGGCUGGAGUACAGGAACAGCCUUGGGGUCUAUGGAUAACAAGGGUAUCCUGCAACCUGUCGAGCAAAAGGUUAAAAGAGGCAAGGCCGGCCUGGGCUGA